AUGGGCUCGGCAUGGAGGGCUUACGAAUCACGCUGGGAAACACUGCUCAACUCCCAAGGACCUAUCACUUUCGCUUCCGUUCCAUGGCCAACCCAUCACCGACCCGCUGACCCCACCGCGAUCACGAUCUACAACAUCGCCGCUUUCUUACUCUCACCCGAACACUCCAACGUCAUGACCGCACGCGACAGACUGCGUAACGCCGUGAGGAAGUGGCAUACAGAUAAGUUUACGAGAUUUGCGAAUCGGAUCGUCCCUGAGGAUAAAGCGAUGAUCGAUGAAGGGGUGGGCAUCGUUGCGCGGGCGUUAACACAGCUCCUCGAGUUGGAGAAGAGACGUAGUGGUUAA